CCUGUGCUGACUCUGACUGACUUGAUCCUAGUGGCAGGAAUGGCGGCUAUGAUUACCAGAGGAAGGAACCCAAAGACCCUGAAACUUUACUUGUAACGGCCCCGUAGAGGAAUUUGUUUCCAGCUAAACACAGAAGCUCCCUCCUACGCCAGAUAAUAGGGAGAAGAAGUGCUUCACCUUGAGAUUAACGCGAUAGAUAUCCGUUUCGAGGAGGUGGACGCACUUUGCGACUUGCUAGUUAGCCUAACGUUAGUGCCGCUGACUUUGAUUGAAGGUAGCUGUUAGCUCGCAGCACUACUAGCCAGCUGUUGGCUACUUGGCUUGGCUGACCCAACAAGUUAACUUAGUGAUUAGCUGUGUGAAAGCAUUCCUUAUUUGUAUCUUCGGACUAGGAUCUGUGCUCUGGGUCAGUAGACAGUAUUCUGAACCUUUACAGGGACUGGGAGCACACGACAACAAGUCGCCACGGCGCCUAUUGAACAUUAUUACUGCUAACCCUGAACGUUAGCUCGGCACUAGCUAAGUUAGGUUUCUGAAGUCUCGCCCAUUUUUGGAUCCUGCCCCAGCCAUUGGCUAAGGGCUAAUCAACAGCCAACUAGUCUGCUUUUCAGGGUCAAUUGGUACUACGAUGGAAAGUCUAACGCUGAGUGAUGUCGAGCAGAAAUAUUACUCGGAUUUGUUCGUUUACUGCGACACGGACAACACCAAAAAAGUGGCUUCCAAUGGAAGAGUUCUUGACCUUUUCCGGGCGGCCCAGCUACCCAGCGAAGUAGUCCUGCAGAUCACAGAGCUAUGUGGAGCCACUCGGCUGGGUCACUUCGGACGAAGCCAGUUCUAUAUUGCUUUGAAGCUCAUUGCCAUCGCUCAGUCUGGGCUGCCCCUGAGGGUGGAAAGCCUCAACUCGGUCAAAGACCUGCCGCUACCCAGGUUUGUGGUGGGGAAGAACGAGGCAGAGGCGAGACAUGCUGCUCUGUACCAGGAUACAGACAGCCAGGGCUUGUACCCAGCCCCAGGUGCUGCAGUAAUACCCAGACCACCGGGCAGGGGCCACCAGAACAAGAAAGGUCCUCCCUCAUCCACUUCACUUCCGGUCCACGAGGUCAUCCAACCACUAGCACCCAGCAUAGACCCACAGCCCGAACCAACGUCCCCGGUGGUCUCACCGCAUCAGUCACCCCCCGCCUCCCCUCACUCCUGGAGGAAACACAAGAGGCAACACAGUGGAGGAAAUGCAGACAGACAACCAGUCGUGACUGCAACUGGAGCUGUGUGGACGCAGUUCAGAGAACCACAAACGGGUCCAGUGACUGGUGAUGGCAUGUGGUCAUCCCACUCACCUCCACCUCCAGGUCAGGAAAGUUGGGUCAGUUUUACAGCAGACACACCACCAUCCAGCACUCUCCCAGCAAUGCAUCCCUCAUCAGUCCAGGAAAGCACAACGAUACGAACAGUAGCCUCAGCUGCAACAACCAAUGAGAUCCAGCGACAGUCCAGUACCUACGAUGAUCCAUGGAAGAUAACGGAUGAGCAGCGACAGUAUUACAUUAACCAGUUCAAAACUAUUCAGCCUGACCUCACUGGUUUCAUACCAGGUUCAGCAGCAAAAGAAUUCUUCACCAAAUCAAAACUACCAAUUUUAGAGUUGUCACAUAUUUGGGAGCUGUCAGACUUUGAUAAAGACGGAGCACUGACCUUAGAUGAGUUCUGUGCCGCCUUUCACCUGGUUGUAGCCAGGAAGAAUGGCUAUGACCUCCCAGAGAAGCUGCCUGAGAGCCUCAUGCCAAAGCUGAUUGACCUGGAUGAUUCAGCAGAAGUCCCGGAGCCGACUGCUGAUGUUGGAUACUCAGCAUCGCCAGUGGAGGUGACCCCCAACAAGUCUCCCUCCAUGCCUUCACUCAACCAGGCCUGGCCAGAGAUGAACCAGAGCAAUGAGCAGUGGGAGACGUUUAGCGAGCGCUCCUCCAGCUCACAAACUCUGACCCAAUUUGACUCUAACAUUGCACCAGCUGACCCUGACACAGCCAUCGUCCACCCAGUUCCCAUCCGGAUGACGCCCAGCAAGAUCCACAUGCAGGAAAUGGAGCUGAAGAGGACUGGCAGCGACCACAACCACCCUACCAGUCCUCUACUGACUAAACCUCCAGAACUGUCUGAAGAAGCCAAAUUACCUGCUUCUAUUAAGUUUGUAGCCACCAACACUGUAGGUGAUGGUUACAGCAGUUCAGACUCCUUCACCUCUGACCAGGAGCCAAUCUCCAGGCAAAGGUCUCAGUCGGGUACGUCUCCAGAGGCUCUCAAGGUGGUAGCCCCACCUCCCCCUCCACCUCGCCCCCACCCCUCCCACUCCCGUUCCUCAUCUCUAGACAUGAACCGCACUUUUGCUGCCACAUCUGCUACAGGACAACCUCAGCCCUCUACGAUAGCUUACCCUCCUGCUGUGCCUCCUCGACCGCUACCCACACAGACGUCAGUACCACUUACUGGACAUCGUGUAGAGGCUGAAGGUGUGCCAGGAGGUGGUGCGGUGCUCACCACCACCUCCCCACAGCAGAUUCCUCAGCAGCCAAACUUUGCAGACUUCAGUCAGUUUCAGGCCUUUGCUGCUUCUGAACAGCCCUCCAGCCUGCCAGAGGUCGAUAAACACAGUGAGGCAGGACAGGUGGACAAGACAUCAGAGGGUGCCGGCCCUUUAAGAACAGUGAAAAGUGAUGGCCAAGCAGAUGAGAGAGCCUCAGCUACAGUCAACUCUACGAAGGGCUCUUCUGGCCCACUUGCUCCUCCUCCAAAACCUGUACGUCGGAGGUUGAAGUCUGAAGAUGAGCUACGACCAGAGGACGAGCAGCAUGGUCCGCAGAAAUCAAAUGUCAUAGCUGCUGUCCUGGCCACUCAGCCCUCCAUCCCCAGGUCAGUUGGAAAAGACAAAAAGGCAAUUCAAGCUUCAAUCAGAAGGAACAAGGAGACAAACACAGUUUUGGCACGACUGAACAGUGAACUGCAACAGCAGCUGAAGGACCUGCUCGAAGAGAGGAUAUCUCUGGAAGUCCAGCUGGAGCAGCUCAGACCUUUCUCUCAUCUUUAACCAAUGUGUGGAGGAAAACUCUGCCCUAGUUCAUCCGAAGCAAGGCUGUGUGACUCCCCCACUCCGUCCCUCCCCUCUUUUUUCCUUCCAUCACCUCGGCUUUCCCCGGAAGCACUGACCUGCAGCAGGGUGUCUCGUUAAAACUCUCAUGCUCAAUCACACACUGAAUCAUAAACCGGACGGAUGUGAGGGCAGAGUCUCACAAUGGGAGAAAGCGACGAGAGGAUUUGACAAACUGGCACUUUUCAAUUUUUUCUAAAGAGAGGUGAAGGUGAGGAUGACAGUAAACUGAGAGACGGUAAGGAGUGUUGGACAUGAUGCUUCAACUUUGCGUUUGUUCUUAAGACAAACUGCUGGGGUCUGAUUACUUUACUCUCUGAAUGACUGAACAAGAAAGAGUGUAUUGCAGAGUGUAUUUGCUGCCUGUGUCUGAUUGUUUGUGCAUUUGUGUUCCUGUUUAGUGACUUACUUGGAGGCUAGUGUCAGUAUGCUUGACACUGCAGCACCAAACUCCUUUUAAAUAUCAGGUAAAUUUAAAGAAUUGUUAAACAAUUUGGGACAUACCUAACCCAGUUAAGCGUAAAGACUGGAAGCAGGGGAAAACAGCUAGACUGGCUCUCUCCAACAUAAAUAUUACACCAACAAAUACCUCUGAAUAUUACUAAUUAACAUGUCUGGUCUCACUCAUUUAAAGUGCACACACUUAAAAAUUAAACCGACGAUUUGAGGUUUUAGGUGGAGCUGUAGGCUAAAACUUCCUCUGAAAAAAACGUGAAUCCAGUUAUUUCCCAAAAUGUUCAAAACUGUACCUUAGAUCUCACUACCAUAGUACUUAUUGAAAACUGGACAAUAGGCAGCUGCUUGGAGGACGUUUUUUUUUUUUUUUUGUUUGGAAUAUCCUCAGAAAUGGUCUGUUAUGCUGAACAUUUGAUGCCUGGUUAUCCACUAUUUUUAAGAAAUUUUUGAAAGAGGCUUUGAAAACAGAAGGAAGCCCACAGUCUACAGAGGUCAAUGAGCAAUGUAUAAUAAAUUGCCAUUUUUUGGAAUGGAGUUUGGUAUGUUCACCUCCUUUGUAAAGCUUACUGAGUGAUUUCCGGUCAGGACUGAGUGUUUGUGUGAGGCCUUUAAUGGCUAAAUCAUCAUGGUGAAGGCUUUUUGAUUCAUCCUGUGACAUGAAUUCAGCCUACCUUCCUCUUAUUACUGCCCCUUCAAGAGUGUGUGUGUGUGUGUGUGUGUGUGUGUGUGUGUGUGUGUGUGUGUGUGUGUGUGUGUGUGUGUGUGUGUGUGUGUGUGUGUGUGUGUGUGUGUGUGUGUGUGUGUGUGUGUGUGUGUGUGUGUGUGUGUGUGUGUGUGUGUGUGUGUGUGUUAGAUGCAGUGAAUGGAAGUAUUGUGUCUUCUGUUUUUUUUCCUCCAUGUUACACAGUGUUUGAGGAUUGUGACUGAAUGGUUUAACUUUAUGCCAAAUCACUGAACUCACUUCUAUUUGUGCUGUUUGAGGAAAAAUGCAACCUCUUCUCCUUUCCUACAAGGUUUUCUUGAUUUGUGUUUGAAACAUAGCUGUGGCUCCACAUUUCAGCUUACUUUUAAAUCUCUUACUCUUGAACGCUGCAGUUAUUUUUGAUCUUAACUUCACCUGUUUGGGACAGCAUUUGGUCUAAACAAGCGUUCAUUUGAAAGGCUUGAAGAUAUUCCAGCUGUUUGACUGCAGGAGGCAGCGUUUAUGAAGAAUAACGUUGCUGAUCAGGGAGAAGUUUUCCUGUGAUUUCUCUUCAGAUCCAAACUGAUGGUGCAGGUACAGUUGACUUAAAAAUUGAGCUGUUUUCCAAUCAGGCAGUCAGUGCUAUGCAAGUAUGGGCGAUACAUCCUCAUAGACCAACUACACUUAGCUGUUUGUACUAUGAUAGUAGCAACUGUGUGAACAGUAUACUGUUUUUUGUAUCAUAGAUCUUCCAGAGCACCAUCUACUGUAUGUUUGUGACUCAUUUUGCCUUUUUGGUACUGACAAGCGGUCCGCUUCCCCCUGUUUCUGCUCCAGAGGGAAGUAAACUCCAGAUCAAUGUUUUUAUCAGGGCAGUUUCACCUGAAGUCUGCAAAAUGAUACCCUUGCUGGGUGUAGAUGAAGCUUAGCAGGAGACCAGUCAACAGAAUGGGAGACCUGAAUGACCUAGCUGCACUUUGAACUGAAACCCCUCCCCCCACACCCGCCUCCCUCAUUAUUACUUUUAUUUGUUACGUUCCUAUUUGCUUACUUUUAACCUACAUGUUUGUUCUUGUCUCCCACAUAUAUUUAAAAAAGAAGAUACUAUGAGAAGAAAAACAGGAUGAACCACUUGAGUUUUAUUUCUACAGUACAACCUGGAAACUGUAAGGUUUUUGUGCCAGCAUGUCCUUCAAUGUCCUAUUUUGUUUGAUCACUUUUUUUUAAUGAAUGUUUUGUCCCUAUGUGUUGGUGAAGCAUCAGUCUUCUAAAGCCUUACUCCCCCCGACUGGCAUUCAGGUUUCCACGGUGGCUGACUGACCUCUCUUCCUUGUUGUUAUCAAGGCUCGCCUUCUUUUUUGUGCUGUUGAGGACGAUGAUGUGCUUGGUGUGUAUGUGUGCACAUGUGUGCGCGUGUUAUAUUGUUUGCAGACCUGGAACUAAUACCAUUUAAAACCCUAUUAAACACCUUCGAGUGGGAUUGAUUGUUUGCCAGCACAACAGCUCCCUCCUCAUGCCUAAACCCAAAAGGCAAUCCAGGCAGGCAGAAGCAAUCAGUCAUUACUUGAAGUCUCUGAUGGGAUUUGAAUGCUAUUUGCUCCCAGAUCUAUGUUGUAUAUUGUAUAUGAUACACACUUUUGGACUCAUAUGUAAAUUUGCAUUAAUUGCUGACUAACAGCGAAAGAAUAUUCUAUUUAAUUCCUUCUCUCUUGGCUGUGGGAUCCUAGAUGUUUAACUGCAUGGAUGUACUGUAUCUCUGCAGAGUCAACUAGCAGCUGUGUGAUUUUUACACAAAAAUAAAAAAAACGGCACAAUA